CCAGACGGCGAAGGGCCAGAAUAAGUACCCUACGGCAUUUUCAAGGACACGGGGUGUAAGAGACUCUCUCUCUCCACGACACUCAAACUUACAGGAGGGGGGGUGCGAUCUGACCGACAGCAGCAGUGUCGUCUUUGAACCGAAGGAAGUCUGCGGUAUGAAUUUGGAGAGUUGAGCCCCCAGAACCCAGACUAAGAUGAAAGGGGGACUUGGGCGGUGAAACCCGGGAGAAAAGACCCCUGAAGGUUCAGGGAGAAGAGCGAAAGGCGGCCGAAGAGGAGAGCUGUGGAAAUGAGGAAUGACUCGAAUUCCGCGCGCCGGUCCGCUUCCGUCCCGGGACACCGGCCGCGCCCGUAGGGAGACUUGGGGAAUGUUAGCCGCAGGCCGCGGGCGGCUUCCUCGGCCAUGGCUCUGCCCAUCACCAUCCUGGACUGCGACCUCCUGCUCUACGGUCGGGGUCAUCGGACGCUGGAUCGCUUCAAACUGGACGACGUGACGGACGAGUACCUGAUCUCCACGUACGGGUUUUCGCGGGAGUUCAUUCGCUACCUGGUGGAUCUCCUGGGAGCGAGCCUCUGCCGUCCCACGCAGCGGUCCAGGGCCAUCAGCCCGGAGACCCAGAUCCUGGCGGCGCUGGGCUUUUACACUUCGGGGUCUUUCCAGACGCGAAUGGGAGACGCCGUCGGCAUCAGCCAGGCCUCCAUGAGCCGGUGCGUGGCCAACGUCACCGAGGCCCUGGUGGAACGGGCCUCCCGGUUCAUCCGCUUCCCGGAGGACGAGAUGUCCGUGCAGGGCCUGAAGGGCGAUUUCUACGGGCUGGCGGGGAUGCCCGGGGUGGUGGGAGUCCUGGACUGCACCCACGUGACGAUCAAGGCGCCCAACGCGGAGGACCUCUCCUACGUGAACCGCAAGGGCCUGCAUUCGUUAAACUGUCUGAUGGUGUGCGACAUCAGGGGGACGCUGCUGCACGUGGAGACCCACUGGCCGGGGAGCCUGCGCGACUCGGCCGUGCUGCAGCGGUCGGCCCUCGCCGCUCAGUUGGAAGCCGGGAUGCCCAAAGACGGCUGGCUCCUCGGGGACAACGCCUUCUAUCUUCGCACCUGGCUCAUGACUCCGCUUCCCAUCCCGGAAACCCCCACUGAGUGUCGUUACAACUUGGCCCAUUCUGCCACCCACAAUGUGAUCGAGAGGACGUUCCGGACCCUCCGUUUCCGCUUCCGCUGCCUGGAUGGAUCCAGAGGGGCUCUACAGUACUCGCCAGAGAAAUCCAGCCACAUCAUCCUGGCCUGCUGUGUCCUCCACAACAUUUCCCUGGAGCACGGGCUGGAUGUGUGGUCCUCCCCUGUCACCGGUCUCGUGGAGCAGCCGGAGGAAGAGGUGGAGCACAUGGAGUCCCUGGAUUCAGAAGCCGACCGCAUCCGCCAGGAACUGAUGCUCACUCAUUUCAGCUAGACUGGGAAUCGAGGAAGGGGGAGCCUUCCGGAAGGACGGACCUGUGAAAACGCCGCCCUCCCCUCCCCACCUUUUACUUCCCGCCUCCCUCCCCUUUCCCUUCCGCUAUGCCCUUGUUUUAGAAAAGCUCGAUGGGGUAUUGAGAAGUUGGACAUGAAUUUACACUUUCUCCGGGUUGGGGAUGUUGGUGUACGCCAGGAUCUCUUCAUUCAUUCUACAGUUCUGUAACCAAACCAUCACGGCAGUUUUCCCAGUCACUCGAUCGCCACUCUUCUGAGGGGCUGGUUAUUUGAAGGUGCGCCGCCGGAAGCGGCGCCGGGCACUGAGUCGAGCCCACGGCCGUGGGUAACCAGGAGGACGAUGGCAUCUCGGCGUCCGCGUAUAUUUGAAGUCAUCUCGCGGAGUUUGGCCCGCAGCCACGGCCAGCGCUGGACCCCGAGCGUUGGCUCUCCAGUCCAUCCGACCAAUUCAGGGAGUUUCCGAAUGGGACUUUGGAGGCGGCUGCCUCUGAGAUUAGAAUCCGCUCCGAAACAAGCAGAGACCAGAGGGCCACCCCUCACCUUCCCAAUAUGCUUUAGAAUUUCCCACCCUUACCUUUUCUUUCUUAAGAAAUGUUCAGCUAACCUUAUAAAGAGCAGGAAUGAGCAGGGCAUCCUGGGGGAGAACCUGUCCAGCGAUCGAGGGAACGAUGUUUGGUUUUACUCAGGACAUGCCCGAGGAACGUGGAAUUGGAAAUUUGCAGGUCACCCUCAGAUUCCGUAGGCCCGUGAUGGUUGUGUAUUUGCCGGGUCCCCUCGCCUCUCCGGAUUCCCGGGAAGGAGAGGAGGGAUGGAAAAGCCAAUGGAACCCGGAUGGGUAACGAGGGAGUGCAGGAAAUCCCCUGCCUGGUGCGAGUUGAGGUGCGGAAGAACCCUGGGGCGGGACGUGGUUGGUAGCUCCCAGUGGCGCCAGUGUCGUUCACGUUGCUUAUAAACUCAGCAGUGGAAAGCGCUGGCCAGGGAGCGCGCCUCUUUUGAGGCUGCUCGAACGUCGUUCCACAUUAAAAAUAACCCGCCUGGAAUAAAAGAAGCGCGAAUUGGGUUCGCAUCCGCUGGCGUUCUCACCUGGACCGGAAGGGAAGCCUUCCCGAGAAGCGACGUCUCGCCCACGGUCUCUCGGAACCUCGCCCGCGUCCCUUGGACGGUCUCGGUCCGGUGACUCUCAAAGCCGAGAAGCGAACAGCCGGUGAAGGAAGAGGUUUGGAGAUAAAUGGCGGGUGACUCAGCCUCGCGACGAGAAACAGUUAUGAUGGAUUAUCUGGUAUCUAUUUCCACUCUUGCCUGCGACUUCCUGGCCUCGGCCUCCUGUUUACGCCGAACGGGCUCAGCCGACGGAGGGCAAGCUGCGGGCUGGGCUCGGGGCAUUCGGGAUCACAAGCCAAGUGGGGUCUUGGAGGGGGCGGCGAAUAAAUAAGAGGACUUCCAGUUUUGCCUUAA